GUUAGUAUGAUUAUUAGUUGACUUCCACAGUUCGUUUAUUGAAUCGUUUGGAGAUGUUUUCAGGGCAUUGCGUAGAACUGUUUGACACUGAAUGAAUUUGACUGAUGCAGGGAGGAUAUUUAGACAAUAAUAAUAAUAAUAAUAAUAAUAAUAAUAAUAAUAAUAAUAAGGGAGAGCAUACAACACACUUGUUAAGUGAAUGCAAGAAGCUAACACAAAAAGAAUACAAACGAAGACAUGACAAUGUGGCUCGCAUUGUACACUGGAAGCUAUGUGGUUUGUACCAACUAGAGAAAGCUGAAAAAUGGUAUGAACACCAACCAAACGGAGUAAUUGAAUCAGAUAAUGUAAAGAUUCUCUGGGAUUUUAACAUACAGUGCGAUCAUGUGAUUGAAUGUCGAAUACCUAAUAUUGUAGUGGUUUUAAAGAAGGAAAAGGAAUGCAAGAUCAUAGACAUCGCGAGACUGAUAUGAGGAGUUGAAAAGGGAAAUUCGGAAAAUAUGGGCAAUGAAAAAAGUAGAAGUCAUUCCAAUAGUAGUAGGUGCCUUAGGAGCAGUUAGUAAUAAACUGGAUAAGUGGAUUGAGAAAUUGGGAAUACAUAUAAGAAUAGAACUUCUACAAAAAACAGCAUUGUUAGGGACGGGAAGAAUACUGAGAAGAAGCUUGGAAAGCUAAAAUCUUUGGGACCUGAGGCUACUGGUUGUAGCCAGCUUCCAAGGAAAAAACAUAGCCAGCAUAAGAACAAAGCUGUGAAAAACAUGUAAUAAUAAUAAUAAUAAUAAUAA